CUAUAGUGAUCUGUGAUAAACAUCAUCUGUGUUCAAAAUCAAAAGUCAAAACAAACCAAGAAAACAAAUCUUCGAUUUUUGGUUGUGAAAUAAUUCGUGUAAAUAAUAAAUAUACAUCUCUCGUGUUCUCGGCUGAUUCUACAAAUCUGCGUAAUAUGACAGCUACCGCUGUUUAUUCACUAUUGAAUAAAAAAGAAAAUGCACACGAAGACCCAAUUUACAGUUGUGUAUGGACAAGAACUAUUGAUACAGAUGAUCCAAAGAAAAGUCAAGACUACUUAGUAACCGGGGGACUCGAUAAUCUAGUCAAAGUAUGGAUCUUAGAAAAUAAUAGGUUAGAGCUCCUGCAUACGUUAGAAGGUCACUGUAUGGCUGUGGUGUCAGUAGCUGUGAGCCCUGAUGGACAUAUAAUAGCUUCAUCAUCAUUAGACACAACCCUAAUAAUAUGGGAAUUAACCAGUGGCUUCAAAGUUCAUGAAAUAGAAAUGGGUGGCACAGAUGUAUGGAAGGUGGCAUUUUCUCCCACUGGCACUCAGGUUGUGUCUGGCAGUCACACUGGUAAACUGACAGUGUAUGAUAUUGUGAAAAACAAUAUAGACAGGAUUUUGGAUACUAGAGGAAAGUUUGCAUUGUGUGUUGCUUGGAGCAGGAGUGGUCAGUACAUAGCAAGUGGGAGCGUGGACGGCGCAGUGCAUAUAUUCAACGCUGCGCAGGGAAUGCUUGUGCACACCAUACAAGCGCACACACAACUGGUCAGAAGUGUACACUUCUCACCGAACUCCAAGUUGCUUCUCACAGCCUCUAACGACGGUUUCGUCAAAGUGUUUGAUGUUGCCAGUGGUAGCGAGCUGCGCAAGACAUCGUUCAAGGCGUGGGUGCUGAGCGCGCGCUACUCGCCCGACGGGAGCGUCUGUGUCCGCCAGCGACUGUUGAUGAUGAUGACUGUACUUAUGAUAGACAAACAUGUGUUGUGUGUGUCAGUGCCAGUGGUAGCGAGCUGCGCAAGACAUCGUUCAAGGCGUGGGUGCUGAGCGCGCGCUACUCGCCCGACGGGAGCGUCUGUGUGUGCCAGCGACUGUUGAUGAUGAUGACUGUACCUAUGAUAGACAAACAUGUGUUGUGUGUGUCAGUGCCAGUGGUAGCGAGCUGCGCAAGACAUCGUUCAAGGCGUGGGUGCUGAGCGCGCGCUACUCGCCCGACGGGAGCGUCUGUGUCCGCCAGCGACUGUUGAUGAUGAUGACUGUACUUAUGAUAGACAAACAUGUGUUGUGUGUGUCAGUGCCAGUGGUAGCGAGCUGCGCAAGACAUCGUUCAAGGCGUGGGUGCUGAGCGCGCGCUACUCGCCCGACGGGAGCGUCUGUGUCCGCCAGCGACUGUUGAUGAUGAUGACUGUACCUAUGAUAGACAAACAUGUGUUGUGUGUGACAGUGCCAGUGGUAGCGAGCUGCGCAAGACAUCGUUCAAGGCGUGGGUGCUGAGCGCGCGCUACUCGCCCGACGGGAGCGUCUGUGUCCGCCAGCGACUGUUGAUGAUGAUGACUGUACCUAUGAUAGACAAACAUGUGUUGUGUGUGACAGUGCCAGUGGUAGCGAGCUGCGCAAGACAUCGUUCAAGGCGUGGGUGCUGAGCGCGCGCUACUCGCCCGACGGGAGCGUCUGUGUCCGCCAGCGACUGUUGAUGAUGAUGACUGUACCUAUGAUAGACAAACAUGUGUUGUGUG